GCAGAGUUAAAUUGUGUAACAGCCGCAGGGAAGAAGCUGUUCCUGAACCUGCCGGUCCGGCAACGGAGAGACCUGUAGCGCCUUAAAGCUAGAAACACAGCAACUAGUUUACAUAUUGCAAAGUCAUGGUGAUAAAUAUAUGUUUAAGCAAUUGUCUCGGGGAUAACCAACGGCACUACCCACUCUCCACAGCACAGGCAAAACAUCUGAGUAUCUCAGAUAAUCUUGAGAUUAUUUUUAGGCAAAUGCUUUUUUCUGACUGUGCUCUUGCAAAUUACCCGUAGGGUUUUGUAAGGACAGAAGACGAUUUAUGAUUGUCUCAAGGUCACUAGGCCUGGCCAUUUCAGCGAAAGACGCAGCUUAGUUACAACAUCUUCUUGGUUUAAAUAAACGUAAUUAAAACAAACGCUUAAAAUCUUCUAAUCGCUUUACUAAUAACUACAAUCUUCCCAAAACUAUCAAGAUUUCAAAAGUGCAUUUUCCCUUCCAUUCUCUGCAUUCGGCGAGUUCAACAUUCCACAUCCCUUCCUGUAAUUUCCCAUUUUGCAUAUCGAGUCUCUUCUGUCAUAAACCAAACUGCUGGAGGAACUCAACGGUCUGGUAGUAUCCGUGGGGAGGGUUGGGGAAAUAGAGAUGUGUUGUUUGAAUUCCUCCAGCAAUUGGUUUUUAACUUGGGAUUCCUACAUUUACAGUCUCUUGAAAUUCCUCUGCUGUUUCAUAUUUAUUUUGGGGUGUGACUUUCCUGACAAGACCUUCCAGGGCAUUUGGGAAGACAGUCAUAGAGAGGCAUGAGGGGAUGAGGACAGCAAUUUUCCUUCCUUGGACAAGGCUUCCAGAUGGAUCCUUGCUAGGAUCAGGUGGCAUUAUGAUCACCACUGUUGAAAUUGGCUUUUUAACCCAAUUUAUUUUCGACUCGCACGGUAUGCAACAGGCUUUUUGCCCUAUUAAACCCACCAAACAGCAAGCACACAUUUACAGUUGUUCUACACUAAUCCAAUUUUUCCUCCCAGCACAUCUUUAAGAGGAAGGGGAAUUAUCUUUCCAGUGCCUUGUGGGCCUGCUGUACGAAAUCCAUGUGUUGGAGCCAACGAGGAGAGUGUGGAUCAGUCUGCUAGAUUGAGAACUCCGGAAUCAUUGGAAGCAGUGUGUGGACAAUGGACCAGACCAUGAAAGAACUUACUCCCAUCCCUGUCGUUAUAAUCGGGAAUGGUCCUUCAGCCAUUUGUCUGUCAUUCUUCCUGUCAGGAUAUAGACCUUACUUCAAGGAAUCUUCGGUCCAUCCCAAUCCUAUUCUUCAACGGAAAUUGGAGGCAAAUCGGGGAAAAUCCAUUGUAAAUCAGGACCUGCAGUUCCUGUCUGAGGGAUUGGAAGGCCGUUCACACAGCCCGGUUGGCAUCCUGUUUGAUUCUCUUCUUCGUCCUGAUGCUGAUUUGGGUGUAUCUGUGGAUUCAGUGCUCAGCUGGAGGCUUGAACCUGACCAAUAUAUUCCUCACCUGGCCCUGGGCAAAGGACCACUGGGAGGAGCUUGGCACUCUAUAGAGGGUUCCGUCUUCACCCUCAGUCUUGGGGACUGGAUGGAGCUGCCCGACCUCCCUUUCAGGGACUGGAUGAGGGACAAGAGAAGGUGCCUACGGAACGACAGAGCCACGACGGCGGACAUUGCCCAGUACUACCAGCACUACGUCCAUGCUAAAGGGCUGCAGGGCAACUUCGUGUGCGGGACCGUUGUCACCUCGGUGAGGCGGUUCAGUGGGCCUUCUGACCGGGAAGAGGAGCCAUGCAUGGCCCAAGCGGCCGGAGCUCAAACCGCCGACACCUCCACUCGCGCCGGCCUGUUCGAGGUGUCCGGUUAUAGUCAAAUGAAGGACGGCUCGAAAGAGACCUUCUGUAUCUAUGCGGAAAACAUUGUCCUGGCCACGGGCACUUACGAUAGCCCCGCUCGACUUGGUGUGGACGGAGAAGAUCUUCCAUUCAUUUACCACACGACUUCGGACGUGGAAACGGCCAUCAGGGAGCAUCGAAGGGGAACGAGCAGUGACCCUAUUUUGGUAGUGGGGGCUGGUCUGACUGCUGCCGACGCUAUCAUCGCCGCUCGCCACAGCAAUGCCCCAGUGGUCCACGUGUUCCGCAGGGAGGUGAACGACCCAUCUCUGAUCUUCAACCAACUCCCCAAAGUGAUGUAUCCGGAAUACCACAAGGUUCAUCAGAUGAUGGUGCGGCAGGUCUGUGUCAGCACCGGCCCGUACGACGACUACCUCAGCCUUCCGAGGCACCAAGUGAUCGGUUUCACCCCCGACAGCAAGUGCAUCCUUCGGGACUUGGAGUCGAGAGAAAACAGGAUAGUCAACUUCUCCACAGCCCUCGUCCUGAUCGGUUCAGACCCCAACCUGACGUUCCUGCCUGACUGUGGAAGGUCGCUGGCAGUCAAUGUGGGGAUGCCGGUGCACGCCAAACGCAACCCCAUCGAGGUGGAGUGCUACACGUACGAGUGCGUGCAGGAGAGUGGCGUCUAUGCCCUCGGGCCGCUGGUGGCCGACAACUUUGUCCGCUUCCUGCAAGGAGGUGCUCUGGCCGUCAUCAGUGCUCUGCUCAAGGACCGGGCCGAUGCCUAAACUCCAAUCCAGAGCCAGCCUUCAAGCAGCCGAACACUCAAACUUAACAUUAACAUGGUGGUUGAAGGCCAGCGAGGGGUCUCCUUUGGGAUCCCGCCUUCAUUUUGCGCCACUGAGUGAUGCAAAUGAAUCCCUCCUUCAUUUUGGUUACACUGAGUGACAUGAGGUGCGAAGGGCAGCUCACCGGCAAAAAACGUACUUUGUGGGGAAAAGCACAGGCGCCUGUCAAGCCAAGUGAAGUGGGUGAUAUAAACACAAUGAUAAGAUGUGGUGUGUACCUGGUUUAAAGCCUAUUGUCUGAGAAGAUCUGUCACAAUUUUCCCACUCACCAGCACACGUUAGAUAAGCUCAAGCAAGGGAUAGGGACCUCUCUCGACAUAGCUUUUGUGUGUGUCAGCGAAUCCGACAGAAAUUCUGUGAAUCCAGAUUUCCUGGAAAAACACGUUCAGGCCCGUAUUUAUUCCAGGAAAGCCCACUUGGACUCUGGGACCAUGCAGAUUCAUUGGGAACCACAAAUUGAGGGCCAGGCACUUAAUCAGCCCCCCUGACAAUUCCGGACAGACGCUGCUUUGUAAAUUUUCUGUGUUGGCGGACAGCCCAGGCCAACAGAGUAAAGUGCCUGUGCGAGCGAAGGUCUCGGUCAUGGGACCAUGGAGCACAGAAACGGGCCAUUCGGCCCACCACAUCCACAUUAACACAUCUGAUUCCAUUUGCCAGCACCCGGUCCACUGCUCUCUAUGUUUGAGAGAUUCAAGUGUUCCUCAUGUACCUCAUGUUAGAGUCUCUGCCUCCACUACCCCUCGGGCAGUGUAUUCCACAAUCCAACCACCUCCCUGGGAAAAGAUCCUCUCAAAGCCUCUUCCCCUAACCAGGAUCAUUUGCCUAUAGUUUUAUACAUCUCUGCAAUGGGGAAUUGUCUUUCCUACUAUCUCUAUCACACCCUCAUUCAAGCCUGCUCGGAUUAAUAAUUCAGCCUGACAGUUAGUUCUACAUGUGGACAGAGGUUGAUGGAUGGUUGUCUUAAAGCUUCAGUUAUCUCUCCCAUUACCUCUCCCGGUGUGGGCCAAUGUUGCAAUUAAUCUCAGGGUAUACGGCAAUUUCUCUACUGAACAUAAUUUAUUUUCUACCUGUAUAUCUAAAGUUUGUAAAGACUGACAUUGUUCUAAUAAAGUAAUAUGUUUUACUGUAAAA